AUGGCCAAAGAAGCCGAGCCGUUGAUACGCCGUGACGACCCAGCUCCUGUACAAGAAUAUCUUUUGGAGACGGUGAAGUUUGUUUGGAAUUCGAGGACUUGCAGGGGCCAUCCGAUACAUCAAGCCGCAUUGGAGGGGGAUGUGCCACACCUCCAGCGGGUGCUGGCCAAAGAGCCACAGUCAUGCAGCCUGCGUUUCGUGUAUGACACAGAAUUUUUCGGGCAAAAGAUGGAGGGGAGCGGUGAGGCUGUGCAUUUGGCAGCCUCCAGGGGGUUUACUGCUGCGAUCCAGGUUCUCCUGGCUGCCAGGGCAUCCCCGGACGCAAUGGUCACCCGAGAUCACAAGCCACAUUACAACGCCCUUCAUGCGGCUAUUUUUGCAGAAGGAAGAGGAGGUACCACCGAGAUGAUAGAGUGCCUCCUCGCUGCGAGGGCUGAUGCUGGGAGGAAUAUGGAUGGUAAGCUGCCAAUCCACAUCGCCUUUCAAACUGGCAAUGUUCCACUGAUUCGUAUCCUAAGACGUCACAUGAAGAUUUUAGGCCAAGCCUCAGAUGAAUUUCAAGAACGUUGGACUCUUCCUGAACAAAAUAUAUCCCGGAAUAUAACCCCUCCACUGGAAUUGGGAGUUUUGGGCGGCAAAAUGACGGUGCGGGCGAUCGUGACAAGUGCGGCUCUGCAUCCACAGUCACUCCGCAUACUCAUGAGGGGACGUCCCGAUGCACUGGGCCUGUUCCUCAACCGAUGCAACAAGCAUGGUCGGGUGGAAGAGAUACUGCAUGCUGCAAACGUCACUGGGCUUGAUGUGGCUCAACUGGCAAGGCAGUCUGUGAGCUCAGUCCUUGUGCUCCUCGAUGCUGCAACAAGACCCCCAGCUAUUGAAAAUGAAGGUUGGCACCCUUUACCCACACAAGUCAGCUUUGCCGCCCGAAACAUGUGGGAUUUUGCCUGGAACACUGUGAAUCAAGGGUCAUCCCAACGGACCCUUCUCACAUUCCUGAACCCGGACAAACAUUGGAAGUUCGAUUCAGUCCAAUUCCAUUGUCCAGAAUGGCAUAUCACCUUGACAAACAGAGCUUUUGGAGAGAUUUUGCAGGCAGAUACCGCCGUGUGCAUCAUACCUGACCUGGUCACUCCGGAUGUCUUUACGUGUUUGGCAUCGGCUGGCAUUGACGUCAAGAUACUUGAGCACCGCGUCUUUGGGGCCAUGGUGGAGCAUGUCUUUGAGAAUUUCGUUGCGAAGGUAGAGAUUGUGCGCUCCUUUGUCAACGUGUGGAUCGUGGCCUUGCUGAGCCUUUCUACUUGGGCCUUGAGAAGCUCAACGCAGAGUCUGCAGCAGUCUGAGUCGAAGCCUACAGUCGUGUUGGUCGCUGUUCAAUUUGUUGCCGCCCAGGGAUUCGCUGAUAUCAUGUUGGAAUUCAUGCAGGUCUUCGGUUUGUUCAAAAUGGGCCGUCCUCGGGAUUACCUGCAGUUUGACAAUUUGGUGGACCUCCUUUCGGCCAUCUUGCCCGCGUACCUGUGGAUCGACCCUGAAAGUAGACCGGUGACUGUGUUCGCCAUUUUUGUGUACUGGUCCCGAGUGCUAGGCAUUGCCAGCCUUCGCGAGGCUUUGGGGCAUGAGCUAGAGCCGUUCAGGAAUCUUCUCCGCGGGCUUAUUCCAGCGCUGGUCAUUACCGGCAUUGCCUUUGGGGCUUUCAGCCAUGCCUUCUUCUUCCUCGGCGCUGACUCUCUAGACAAAUCCAUCUACUCUAGCUUCAUUACUCUGAUUACGGCGGGCAUGCCUGAUGAGCCUGAAGGAGACAUGCUUGAUGUGGGGCUCCUUUAUAUGUCUGUGACUUUCUUCUCGGUUUUCAUUCUCAACAUAUUCAUCGGCGUGCUUGGAGAGCAGUACAGCAUUCAGAAGGAGCACUGUGUCGCUCUUUUCAGGCGGCGUCGAGCGGAACUUUGCCUGCGCUACAUGCAGCGCAUGCAUUGUUUGCAACAAUUCCGUGUUUGCUCUGGUGCUUUGGGGCACAUUGUGCUAGCGGGCUCAAUAUUGGCAUGUCUUACUCUUCAGGGUUUGACAGCGCGGGGCGUCGCAGUUCUCAAUGACUCAUGGGAAUUUCCUGUCUAUUUGUCGGUGCUCCUUUGUAUGUACUACAUCGCCCACAGUUCCUUCAACUCCGAAGUGCUUCUGGAUCCCUCAGUGCGUGCUGAUUCGCAAAAACUCUACUAUUUCUGGUGUUGCUAUCCUGUCUCCUUCGACGUUGGUGUCGACGAUGGCGAUGUCAGCGAUGUGGAAGCAGAGGACGAAUAA